AUGCUAGAUUAUCCACGCAGUCCAUCCACAUCCCUAGCGUCGUCUUCAGGCCGAGAAACAGGAUCCACCGGCAAGGAUCAAGGUAUUGGUGCUGGCACAAGCAGCGCUGAGCGAUUGAAUGAAUCUACUUCUAGCUCACCGAGGAAGCGAGAAGGUCUCGCGGCACGACGUCUGAUCCGAGUACCAUGCGGGACAACUCCGUCCACUUGCGGAUCGGAUUCGGUUGCGGAAAGUGUUCCGAUCCCUUUUACGGUAUUCGGUGGAGCUGCAGCUGCUCGACUGAUUCUAAUCGACAUCGUCAAGCGUGAAGAUCUCAUCGGAAUUCUGAAUCCCAAUGAUGUUAUUUUGAAAAUUGAGGAUGUAAAUGUCAGCGGUAUGUUGAGAUCAGAAGUAACCCGGUUGCUGGAGCGGCUAUGCCAUGAUAAUGACCAAAUAGCUGUGGAAAUUGUCCCUGCAGGUGCCAUCACGGACGAUAUUUGCGAGAUAUUAGCUGAUAAACAAUGGGCAGAGCUGCAAACUACCAUACGGGACAAUUUGUACAGCAAAACUGUGCCAUGUAAGUUAAUAGGUUCUUUUUUGAAGCAUCCUGAGUCUUCUUCACAUUUCUUCGCUCUUUUGGCUGAAUUUCAGAUGAGAGAACUUUUUAUGUUAGCAAGUCUCAACUCCUAUAGGCUGCUGCAUGACGAAGGCUCAAUAUUGGGCGCGAACGCGGCUUUGUUAGCCGCAGCGCAUGAGGCGCAGCAUCCACAACGGUGAGG